AUGGCAGCUUGUACAGUCCGGAGUACGGCCACACACAAUAUGAAGGAGAACAGUAAGCUCCUCAGCCCAGCCAGUGUUAAAGUUAACCAGCCCAUGGCCACACACUAUGAGUCCUUCUGCGGCUGCUACACCUCUGCUGUGCACAUCCUGCUGAUCACACAGGGACAAGGCCUACACAAUCCCCGGUCUUGCCAGGCAGCUUUCCCACUCCGAGCUCCACGGACUCACGCUCAGCUCGCCUUCCAGUUCCGGCUUUCAGCUGCUGGUGUGACGUGGAGGCAUGGAACGCGUCGUAGCCAAUCACAGCGGCGAUGGCCCGGUGACAUCACGGGUUUGACGUGGACCCGGAGAUCCGGUGAAGUAAGGGCAGAGGGGGACUGCUUCGCUUGCCAGUCACGUGACAGGCAGUCUCAGUGCCUGGCAGGUCACAGCAGGGAUUCCAACCCACGCCCACCGUGUUGUCAUACAGAUACAUGGAAAGUGAUGCCGUGUAAAUACCCCUGCAGACAGGGACUUUAA